GUGAGUGAGAGUAAAGCUGCCAGGCACUCUCCUCCCAGAAUCUUAAUCUCCUGUGACACUGAAAGCAUCUUCUUAGUCACUAGAUGUGAUGGCAUAAGUAUAGAAGUAUGUUACACGGCCAGUAAGAACCUUCGAGUGGGUUUUUUUUCCUGAGGAAGAUGCUGAUUUUUGUAUAAAUAACGGCGCGCUGCCUCUUGUACGCUGCAGACGUAAUCGCAGCCGGGGCUGUUGCUCCGAGGAGCUGCCUACGCCGGUGGCUCUGAGCUUGGCGUCCCGUCUGCACCGCCGCUGCCCUCGCUGGGACGGCCCAGCGGGUGGCAAAGAAUAUGGAGAGAAGGAAAGAGAAGAAGAUCAAGAUUUCCGUGAGCAAUAAGGUUCUGACGCUGCCAUCCCAGGAGCUCUGAUUGUCAUGCUGGAAACAGCUGUUUAUCCCUAGACUCAGCAGCACAGGCUGAGCGACGAGAGGCAAACAUGGCCCAAGCACCCACUGAUCCGAGUAGUGCGGAAACUGCUGACCCAGAGGAGAGUUCUCCAAACAUGAUAGUCUACAGAAAGAUUGAAGAUAUUGUUACAAGAAUGCAAGAUGACAAAACAGGUGGAGUUCCCAUCCGCACUGUCAAGAGCUUUCUGUCCAAAAUCCCCAGCGUGGUCACUGGUUCUGAUAUUGUGCAGUGGCUUAUGAAGAACCUCAGCAUUGAGGAUGCAGGGGAAGCAAUACACUUGGGAAGUCUUAUUGCUGCACAGGGUUACGUCUUUCCCAUCUCAGACCAUGUCCUCACCCUUAAGGAUGAUGGGACGUUCUAUCGUUUUCAGGCACCAUACUUUUGGCCUUCAAACUGCUGGGAACCAGAAAACACAGAUUAUGCCAUCUAUCUUUGCAAACGGACCAUGCAGAACAAAGCUAGGCUGGAGCUGGCGGAUUAUGAAGCCGAAAACUUAGCAAGACUUCAGAGAGCAUUUGCAAGAAAGUGGGAAUUCAUCUUCAUGCAAGCAGAGGCCCAAGUGAAAAUCGACAGAAAAAAGGAUAAAACAGAAAGAAAGAUUUUGGACAGCCAGGAAAGAGCAUUCUGGGAUGUGCACAGGCCUGUGCCAGGCUGUGUGAACACCACAGAAAUGGACAUUAGAAAGUGUCGCCGCAUGAAAAACCCACAAAAAGUGAAAAAGUCAGUGUAUGGGGUUACAGAGGAGUCUCAGCCCCAAAGCCCCGUACACCUGCCCUCCCAACCGGUGCGCAAAACGACAAAAGAGGAUUUCCGGAAGCAGAUAACUUUUCUAAACAUGCAGAUAGAGAGACACUGUUUAAAGAUGUCCAAAGUAGCAGAAAGUUUAAUAGCCUACACAGAGCAGUAUGUGGAAUAUGACCCCUUUAUAACGCCUGCUGAGCCUUCCAAUCCCUGGAUAAGUGAUGAUGCAGCAUUGUGGGACAUUGAAAUGAGCAAAGAACCUAGUCAGCAGCGUGUGAAAAGAUGGGGUUUCUCCAUGGAUGAGGUGCUGAAGGACCCAGUAGGACGAGACCAGUUCCUUCGUUUCCUGGAAUCAGAGUUCAGCUCAGAAAACCUCAGGUUUUGGUUGGCUGUCCAAGAUCUCAAGAAACGACCUUUACAGGAUGUGACCACAAGAGUGGAAGAAAUCUGGCAAGAGUUUCUAGCUCCUGGGGCCCAAAGUGCUAUUAACCUGGAUUCCCACAGCUAUGAAAAAACAAGCCAAAAUGUCAAAGACCCAGGGAGAUAUACAUAUGAAGAUGCACAGGAGCACAUUUACAAGCUGAUGAAGAGUGACAGCUACGCACGCUUUCUGCGUUCGAACGCUUACCAGGACUUACUGCUGGCAAAGAAGAAGCCAGAGAAUGAGCAAGGUCGUAGAACUUCUCUAGAAAAGUUCACUCGCAGCGUGCUUAGCAGCUGCUCAGCAAAGGCUCAGCCCCUGAAGAUGGCAACCAUCUCCUGUGACCUGCAGGGAAAGUCUCUGGCAAGCAAGCGCCUCACGGGCCUGAUGCAGUCCUCCUGACAGCUCCGGCUGACCGCCCCGCGGGAGAGACAGCUGGGACCGCUGCCGGGGACGGGGCAUUUCAGGGAGAACAAGUCCCUGCUGGGGAGACAGCCUGAGCAAGUGGAAGCAGAGAGCCACACACCAGUGGAGCACCUCUCUUCACAGUUUACACCAACACUUCCCUGUCUGCACAGCUCCUUAAGGACCCUGAGCUCUGUGCAGGUACUUUGUCUCCAGCUGAGGUUUGGAGAACACUUCACCAUACACAGGAGGUCAACAAGGCAAGGGCUUGCUGUCUUGUUAUUUAAGGAAACAGACCCAACUACAGCUUGGAGAAAGAAGAGCUGAGAGAGAUCAGUGUUUUUCCACAUCUCUUUCCUCCCUGGCACAAACGUGACUGUAAUAAGAUGGCACCGCAAUCCCACUUACUCCCUUUCAUGUGGCUGUCUGGAUCCAAUAAAAUAUCUGGAUAUUUUAGCUGGAAGCUGCUUCUCCUUCUCACAAAAUCCCAAAUGCAUUUCACCUGCAGAUUCACUGACUUCAACUUGGUUUUUCUUUCCUAUGUUUCUCCUCCUUUAAAACAAUGGGAAAAAAAAAAAAAGAAAGGCAUUAAGUUCAUCACUCAUUGUCCUUCCAAUAGCAUGUAGCAUGUCCAGAGAUGAUACCAGAUCCUCACCUGAAGUGAGGAAAGCAGGAGUGGUUUUCAUCACCUGAAGAUCUUCCCCCUUGAGUCAGACUGAUCCUGGUGCAAAUUCUCUGACGUCGGUGGAAUCGUUCUGCAUGUGCGCGUAGUGCAAAUGUGAUCAGACUCUGCCUGAUGCUCAAAAAGUCAUGUUUAAGAUGUGCAAUGCACACACAAGCGCACACACACACUCACAUACACAGUAUUUAAAGUGAGUUGAUUUAUAUUUUAUUUAAUUUUCUAUUUAUUUAAGAUUUUGCAUACCUAAUCAAUGAUGGAUGUUCAAACUUUUCUCCGAGCAAACCAAACAGGACUCCAGCUCUCCAGUCAGAGAGGGCCAAAAUCCAUUCACUUGUGUCCAGGGAAAGGCAACUCUGAGGAGGGAAUUGAUGGUGCGAAUGGGCAAGGUGCCAAGUGACACUCCCUAAACAGCAGCAUACCCAGCUGUGAUAUCGUGCUCAGAUAACUGACCCUGCUGAGAAGCAGCAUUCUGAGAGUGAAAUUGUACCACUGGAGGAAAUGAGCUUCCACUAAAACUCAUCUGACCUGCAGCUCAUGAAUGCAACAGCAAAAGACAGCCCAGUAGCUUGUUUCAAGCUGUUGGAAGUAUGGCGGUUAGGAUGAGGACAGGACUGAAGUGACUUUGUUAUGAAAUCCAUUUAUACUAGCUGCAGAUAGGAAAAUGGCCUGCAUUCACAUACAGUAUACUAUCUAUAUAUAAAAAGAAUUUCAAGACUCAGCUGACUCACAAAAAUCUCCUAUAUUUUGUAAGCAGUUCAGAUCUGAAGCAUACAUGAAACUAGACAUUUCUUGGUCUUCUUCACUCAUGCCAAGGCAAAUUGGCUUUUUGUACAGGUGGUAGAAGCUGCUACAUGGCUACAAGUCUACAUUCCUACCUAGGCAAAACCAUCUAGCUAAGUAGACAGCUGGCUAUUGACAACAUUCACUUCUGAGGCAAGUAUUAUUCUAAUAUCCAAGGCCUAUGUAUGCACAAAAACAUGCCAGCAUAGUUUCUGUCAGAAAAAAAACCCCUUCCUCUUUGCCCAUGACAGUUCUCAUUCUGAUAUCUCUUUUCUUUCCUGCAGAAAAGUCCUAAUAUCAAUUAUACCUAAGGUCCAUUCACCUGCAUGAAUGUACAGUAGAUGUCUGAGUAGGAUCUUUGUUCUUUACACAUGCCUAUACCCUAAACAGCCUGCUGUCUGACCUUCAGACCAAAUUCAUCCUACAUAUACAUGACACACAAGGAAGUUCCAGGACUGCAGAACCAUGAAUGUCCCUGACAUUCUUGUGGUCUCCUGCCUCUGAAGAGAACAUUUGUCAUCCUCCAAAUUGUCACUUAGCUGCCCUUGCAGGACCUAUUUGUCCUCUGUUGCCCACCCAGCCAAAGAGUCCCCUUGGGAAAUAGCAGGUCUUUGUUUAAUAAGUUCACAUGUCCAUUCAUGCAUAUGCAUAUGUGCCCCCUUGGUCAUCCCUAGGAAAAUGCAGAGGUCGUCUCUUCUUAGAGUCUUGUAGAUGGUGUUUUUAUCUCUGUCAAACCCUCCAGUGCCAUGCAUCACUGGAGCUCUGUAAACCAACAGCUGCUCACACUCCAAGCUACUCUGCUGCCAGUGCUGCCCAGCAGCAAGGCAUUUCCCACGGGAGGUCUGUCUUGUGAACCCUCCAGCUGGUCUGCAGAGCAUUCCUGAGCAACUUGCACACAUAAAAUAUGAAACUGGUGUGUAGCAAGGAGCAGGGAUAGUAACGUGGCACAUGUGGGUCCCUGCUUUGCAGUGAGUUCCCAUGACUGGAGAGGUCAUCUCCUGGGGGAGGGAUGGGGUAGCUCCACAGAGGUACUCCUCAGGACCUUCAGCAUGGCGACACAUGUGGGCAGGACUGGAGAGUGCUGGUGGGCAAUGGGACAGGUGGAAUUUGGGUUAUGGUCUGUGCAGGCAGCAGAAAUGCCAGACUUUAACCUGAGGAUGAGCUGCUGCCCUGUGAGCCACACACUCUGCUUUGUCUUUCAGCUUUAUUCCUGCAGGACGGUCACACUGGCUGCCACAGUAUUUUGCCUGUGGGGAAUAUUCUGUGUUUGAACAGUUGAGCGCAUGGAGGGAGUUCUUACAGACAUAGAGAGUAUGCAUAUGGGCGUGCAUCAGGGGGCCUGGAUGCUGAACAGCUUGCCAUUUAAAUGCACACUUGUGCAAACUAAUCUGCUCAGCAAUGGCUAGCUGAGCGGACAGAGCUGCAUAUCCUCUGGAGGGAAGAAAGCUCUGCUUCUUGUUUCCUGACUAAAUUUCUCCAAAACAAACAUGAGAGUAGACAAGGCCUCCUCCUGGGAAUACAUAUUAACUGUUCUUCACAUGUCUUUUACUUCACAUAUGGUGAUAUUAACAUGUAACUACUUCCACAUGAACCACAUUCUUGAA